CCUUCCCCGUUCCCAUGGCCCUGCUUUGAGGUGACUAAUCGCCUUCGUGUCAGGGCUGUCCACAUGAGAAGGGAACAGAAGAGAGGUGACGAGCAGACGCUUAGGAGAUAGAAGAGUUUCACACAGAGCAUGGCCUCGGCCAAAGAGGAUGGCAUGGAUGGAAGACUGGCCUGCAUUAAGCAAGAGGACUGUGAGUGGGGUGCACCAAAGGAUUCGUGUGUGAAGGUGGAGGAAUGUGAGAGACGAAUUUCAGUGUUUAAAGAGGAGGCGGAGGAGUGCAAGAGGGAGACUGUCGACAUUAAAGUCGAGCAUUCAGGAAACUUCCCAGUUAGUCUUGAACUGCAAAUGUGUGAAACUGGGAAUAUUUUCAAGGACAAAGAGGCUCAUUCCAGUUGGCUCACUGAUACAGGACAACUGCAGAAUUCCUUGGAAAUGAAAUCUGACUUUCCUCAAUUUGAAGAGAAAAUUACUGAAGGAAAUGGGAGAGAAGCAGAAGAGCAGCUGCCAUCUAGGAGUGCUGGGAUAAACUUGCUGGAGGACAGCAGCUUCUCGCUAUCGUCAUGUACUCGGAUCUCUCUUCAGUGCCAACACAAACAGAAACAAGAAAAGGAGAUGAAGAAAUCAACAAGAGGAUCAGAGAAUUUGACAGCAGCCUCUUUGCCACGUGCUUCUCUAUCUGCUGUCAAACACACACAGACUGAAGCCCUCUACACUGAACAACGAAAAGUGCAUUUCACAGAUGAAGAGGCUUUGAAUAUAAAUCCAGAGUGUAGAAAGCCUUUCAAAAAUACUUCCGACUGUAAAGACCUUCAGUCAAUUCAUAUGACACCAAAGUCGCAUUCAUGUUCUGAAUGUGGUAAACUCUUUUCAAGCAGCAACAGUCUUCAGAAACACAAAAGAAUUCACAGUGGGGAGAAGCCUCAUUGCUGCUCGGAAUGUGGGAAAAGAUUUCUACAAAGAAUUCACCUUCAGCAACACAGUAGAAUACAUACUGGAGAGAAACCUUAUUGCUGUCCUGAAUGUGGUAAACGAUUCUCAAACAGCAGUGGCCUUCAUAGUCAUAAACUAAUUCACACUGGUGAGAAACGUUUUCACUGUUCUGAAUGUGGCAAGCAUUUGUCAGGCAGAGGGAGACUUAAUAUCCACAUGAGAAUUCACACCGGAGAGAAACCUCAUUGCUGUUCUCAGUGUGACAAACGAUUCUCACUAUUAAGCAGUCUUCAGCUUCACACAAGAAUCCAUACCGGGGAAAAACCUUAUUGUUGUUCAGAUUGUGGCAAACAGUUUUCUGCCAGUUGCAGUCUCCGGAGGCAUACAAGAAUCCACACUGGAGAAAAGCCAUAUAGCUGUUUUGAAUGUGGCAAACGAUUCUCUGAAAACAGCACUCUCCAAAAGCAUGCACGAAUCCAUACAGGAGAGAAGCCAUUUUCUUGUUCUGAAUGUGACAAAAGAUUCACUCAUAACAGCACACUUCGGAAUCACCUAAGAAUUCACACUGGAGAGAAACCUCAUUGCUGUUCUGAAUGUGGCAAAAGAUUUUCAUAUAAUAGCAGUCUUCAGAACCAUGCAAAAAUUCACACUGGAGAAAAAUCUUACAGCUGUUCUGAUUGUGGUAAAAGAUUUUUACAAAUAUUCCAACUUCAGCGACACAUGAGGAUUCACAAUGGAGAGAAACUUUCUUGCCCCGUAUGUGGCAAACAGUUCUCAAACAACAGUAGCCUUCAUAGUCAUAUUAGAAUUCACACUGGUGAGAAACCUUUUAGUUGUUCUGAAUGUGGCAAGCGUUUAUCAGACAGCAGCAGUCUUAAUAGACAUAUGAGAAUUCAUACUGGAGAGAAUCCCCACUCUUGUCCAGAAUGUGGGAAACAAUUCUCACACAUAAGCAGCCUUCAGAGGCACACAAGAAUCCACACUGGGGAAAAACCUUAUUGCUGCUCUGAAUGUGGCAAGCGAUUUUCUGACAGUUACAGUCUCCAAAGGCAUAUGAGGAUUCACACUGGAGAAAAGCCCUAUGGCUGUGCUGAAUGUGGCAAAAGAUUUUCACAAAUAAGUAGCCUACAGAGCCACACAAAAAUUCACACUGGCGUUAAACCUCAUUGCUGUUCUGAAUGUGGCAAACGCUUCUCCUGUAGCAGAUACCUUCAGAAACAUAUAAAAAGUCACACUUAAGUAAAGCUAGAUUGUUGUUCUGAAUGUUAAAGACAUUAAUAAUAAUAAUACAUUUUAUUUAUAUAGAGCCUUUCCCAUGCUCAAGGCACUUACAGAAUAUAAUAAAGAAUGGCAGAAUAUACAGUAUAUAGCAUUGUACAAACCAAAUAAAUAAAUAAAGAAGAUUAAGACAGUAAAUUCUGAAAAAAAAAACAGACACCAUAAUUGAUGGCAUAGCACACACAUACAGGUUACAUUGGCAUCUUGACAGAGAAGUAAACUGAGAGAAAGGUAAUAAAGUCAAGUAGAGCUAAAAGCCUUCCUGAACAGAUGAGUUUUGAGUUGUUUUUUAAAAGAAUUCAUGGAGUCAGCUGACCUGAUUAAUUUUGGUAGGUCAUUCCAGAGUCUGGGCGCUAUACAGCUGAAGGCCCUGUCACCCAUGGAGUGUAGAUUAGUGAGGGGCACAACAAGAUUACCAGAAUCAGAGGACCUUAGUGGGCGGGCAGGCACAUAGUGAUGGAGAAGGUCACUGAUGUAGUUUGGUGCGAGGUUAUUUAAAGCUUUGUAGGUUAUUAGUAGGAUUUUAUAUUCGAUUCUGUAGGACACAGGGAGCCAGUGAAGAUGGAGCAGGAUGGGUGUGAUGUGCUCGCUGCUGCUGGUUCGAGUAAAGACUCUUGCAGCUGAGUUUUGAAUAAGCUGGAGCUGUGAUAUAAGAUUAGAAGGGGCACCUGCCAGUAGGGAAUUACAAUAAUCGAUGCGGGAUGUGAUAAAAGCAGGGACAAGUUUCUCACAAAGAAGUACUCCACAGUCACAGAAGGAGUGACAAUGUCAUACUAUGUGAAGUUCCAGCUGCUAUUUGAUAUUAAUAAUUUAUCAUCAACUAGCUUUCAUUUCUCACUCUGUGUUCUUUUUGUAAUAGACUGUUGAGUGAGUGCACACCUCAAGUUUUGAUGAUGCUCGGGAGUUCUAGAAGAUGAGUAAAAAGGGAAACUUUUUGGACUAACAAAUAUCCUGUCCUGAUUAAAAACAAGCUAACAUGCAUUCCACAGUGAGAACCUCAUUCACCAGUCAAAUGGCUCUGCUAUUUCUUGGAUGAAGGAUCUGGAGAUGCCGCACCCAUUGAAAGAGCCUUGAAUUCAGUGGAGGAUUUUUUUUUACCAUCAAGCCACCUGAUCAUAAACUCGAGUUAAAGAUGAAGUACCAGUUGGGUUAUCCAUCACAAGUAAUUCAACUUGAAAUCAGAAAGAAAAAGGAAAUGGCUUUUUGGAUUGGCCCCAAGGAAUAUGUUGUGCCAGAA